GCAAGUGAUUGAUCGAAGUGUAUAAGAAAAUUAAUUGAGUUUGUUUGUAGUGAUGACGAUUGACUAUGAAAAUGUAAUACCAAAGUUGAAGAUUGCCCUCCUUGUAGUUGGAACAAGAGGAGAUGUUCAGCCCUUUUUGGCUUUGGCCUUGAGACUUCAAGAAUAUGGGCAUUGCGUGAGGUUGGCAACUCAUUCACAAUUCGAUGGAUUUGUGAGUUCAGCUGGUGUGAAUUUCUACCCGCUUGGAGGCGACCCUCGCAUUAUGGCCGAAUGCUUCGUGAGAGCUAGAAGUAUUCUGACGCCUCGACCACGAGAUAUGGCUUUGCAACGCAAACAACUAAGAAAUGUGAUUGAGUCUCUUCUUCCAGCAUGUACUCAACCUGACCCAGUGUCUACCGAACCCUUUAGAGCCGAAGCAAUUAUUGCAAAUCCUCCCGCUUUCGGAAGCAAAGAUAUAGCUGAAGCUCUCGGUGUUCCCCUCCACAUCAUGUUCACAGUACCUUGGACACCAACACGAGCCUUCCCUCACCCAUUCACUCAACGGGCUGGACGGCUAUCGUAUGCUCUAGUUGAUUUAAUGAUAUGGUGGGGAAUACGAGGAUUUAUUAAUGGGAUGAGGAAAAAUAAGCUGAAUCUUAGCCCCAUUGGAUUCUUGAAUAGUAGGCAUAUCUCGAUUUCUCAAGUCCCAACAUCCUAUAUGUGGAGUUCCCAUGUAUUGCCCAAACCCAACGAGUGGGGGCCUCUAGUGGACGUGGUGGGAUACUGUUUCUUGAAUCUUGGAAGCAAAUAUGAAGCCUCUGAAGAUUUUGUAGAAUGGAUGCAAAAGGGAAAGAAACCAAUUUAUUUUGGGUUUGGAAGCGUGCCUUUGAAGAAAUCAGAGAAAGUGACAUGUAUGAUUUUGGAAGCUCUGAAAAAGACAGGGCAGAGAGGUAUCAUAGAUCCAGGGUGGGGAGAUUUGGGCACUAAUGUGGAUAUUCCACAAGAUGUAUUCGUGCUUUCAGAUUGCCCUCAUGAUUGGUUGUUUCCUCAAUGUGAUGGGGUGGUUCAUCAUGGCGGGCCGGGAACGGCAGCAGCUGGUCUCAAAGCAGGGUGUCCCACAACGGUCGUACCAUUCUGUGGCGAUCAAUUUUUGUGGGGAAAGAUAAUGCACGAAAAGGGAGUAGGAGGCCUUCCCAUUCCCAUACAACACCUAUCCGUCCAAGCUCUCACGGAAGCCAUUAAUUUCAUGCUCCAACCACAAGUGAAAUCUCGAGCUCUGGAGUUAGCGGAGAAAAUUGCGCUUGAAGACGGUGUCGGAGCUGCAUUCCGUGCUUUCCACCGCCAUCUCCCAAACAUGGAAAACAAGCACGGGCGAUCCGAUGCAUGACAAACUCAUGUCUUCCUACGGAUCCAUUAUACUCCCUCCAUCCCGCUUUAGCAGUCCUAUUGACUUUUCUACCCUCUUUUUGUAAAAAUGAUAAAAAUUAGUU